UGAGUGUUGGAUUGUUUUGUUGCUUCACCUUCUUCAUAUUGUGUGGUUUGUUUGUGCCUUUUAAGUCAAUUGGGAAAUAGAAUAUAGAAAUGAGUAAUAUAUUUUUCAAAAUCAGGUUCUCUUUCAACCUCUAAUCUAAGAAGAAGAACAACAACAACAAGAAGUAAAGAAACAAGAAAAUUCUUGAGCUAAAUUUUGUGGCUUACGAUUCAAUUUCAUUUCAUAGGGAAAGCUUCAGACUUCAGAGCAAUGAAUUCAAUUUCUACUCACAUCCAUUACCCUUUUCGAUCUUCUUCUCUUUCAAUUUUCCCCUCCUCUUUCACUUUCAACUUCCCUUCCCAAUUUCCCUCUCAUCCGUUUCUCAAUCCUAUUUCUCCCAAUUGCAUCCUCAAUUCUGCAAGAUUACGGACCCCUAAUCCCCAUGUUCAUCGCAAUUACAGGUCGUCUCAAGUUCUCAAGGCUUCCACUUCUUCUGGGUAUGCCCCAGAGAUUGGGGAAAUUCUCGGGGAUGUUCGUAUUUUCACUGCUGGUGGUGAGCCAGUUCUGUUCAAGGAUCUUUGGGAUCAGACUGAGGGAAUGGCAGUUGUUGCACUUUUGAGACAUUUUGGAUGCUUUUGCUGUUGGGAACUUGCUUCCACUCUGAAAGAAGCCAAAGAAAGAUUUGAUUCAUCUGGUGUUAAACUAAUAGCUGUAGGCAUCGGUACUCCAAAUAAAGCACGUAUCCUAGCCGAGCGGUUGCCUUUUCCAAUGGACUGCCUUUAUGCUGAUCCUGAUAGAAAGGCAUACGAUUUACUAGGUCUAUACUAUGGCUUUGGUCGUACAUUCCUUAAUCCAGCUAGUGUCAAGGUGUUUUCCAAGACGAGAUUUGACGUUAUGCGAGAAGCCAUGAAAAACUAUACUCUCGAAGCUACCCCGGACGAUAAAAGCAGCGUGUUGCAGCAGGGAGGUAUGUUUGUUUUCAAAGGCAAGCAACUGUUGUAUGCUCGAAAAGAUGAAGGUACCGGCGACCACGCUCCCUUAGAUGAUAUCUACAACAUCUGCUGUCAAGUCCCUGCAACCUGAAGCAACUCAACUAUUGUAUGCUCAAAAGGUUGAAGGUAUCGGUGACCACACUUCGACGUCUAUUGUUGAGUCAUAACAUGAAUAAUCUUCACUCAUUGUUCUUAGAUAUUUUGAUUGGUAUGUAUCGUUUCUUAUAGGGUGAUUAAUGUUAUAACUCUUGUUAUUAAUUUUUUACGAAUAUGUCUUAUGUUAAAAAAUGUAAAAAGUUUAAUUAUUAAUUUAAACAUUUUCAAUGCUUUUUUUAAAA